CUAGAACACGGGUGUGGAAAGAAAGACAUCGGCUGGAGACAAGCGCCUCUUUGAGAAUACUGAAACUAUUACAUGUAGAUGGUUAGCGAGAGUAGUGAGUCCGGGGAGAGCUGGGAAAAUUAUAGACUUGUGGAGAUUUGCGACGUUUUGCGACACCGGAGUUCCGGCAGGUUCAGGAAGGCGGCUCGCGCUUCGCUCCAAACUGGAGAAUGUAGCGGGAAGAGAGCGCGCGAGCGGCGAGAGCAGGUAAGCCGAGGCGCCGCGUGCUGCGAGUCACUGGAGCAAUCAGAGAAGCUCAAUUAUUGUGAUUUUGGCGAGGGCCCGUGCACAGGAGAGCUCUACCUGGUCGAAAGUCUGAAUGGGACUCCGGGCGGGAACCAGCAGACAGGGAGGCAGCGUAAUCCGCCAUGCCGCCAGGCUGCUGAACUCCCUCCCAGUUUGGGCAGCGAUUUUAAUCAUUGUGAUAUGCUCCAUGGUUGGCGUUCUGUCCUUAAUCAUAAUUGGAGUAAAGAUUUUCAAGAAACUGAUUCAGCCUGACUCUCAAAGCACAAUCUUCUCCAAACUCCUGAUUAGGCUCUGCACUCGGCGCUCGACUUCUACGGACUGUCCACUGAAGAUGGCGUCUGAGGAAGCCCGACUUCAGGGAAUGGUGAACUCUGAUCGCAUCAUUAACGAACCCGAGCAGCCUCAUCUGUCCGUGGUGGCGUCUUUAGGUCACACCCCUCUGCUGGAGACCAGCGAUCCGUCUUGUUUAGACACCUUCAGCCCAACGGUGACAGAAGAGUCUCUCUUCCCCACUCACCUUCCCAUUCACACCAGUACUGAUGGAAAGGUAUUGGAUGAGGAAGACACUGGAGAGAUGGAGGACUCUGAUUCUGGAGGCUUUAACAGCGGUAACAGCUUCUCAGGCUAUGACAGCCAAAAGUCCCCUGUUGAUAUGGGACAAGGAGACAAGGUAGACGCCUACGGGCCACGUCAGCCUUAAAGUGCACCACCUUGGGCCUUCAGCUAAAAAUUAGAAAACAAGCUUGUUUCGAAUUGAAAUGUUUAGGAAGCAGCUUUACCUGAGAAUAACCAACAAUACAGUCAUAUAUUGGACAUUUCACAGAUCUGCAAACCUUUUAGACAGUUACCUUUUGUGUCUCUCUUUACUUUGGUGUACACUGAGUCAGUUAUUUCUCAAAAAUACAGCAGUCCCCCCACCCCACCCCCAAUAAAAA